UUUGGGCAAACUUCAGCAGCCUUCGCGUAGAGCACGCGAUUGCGCAUGCGCGUAUUUGACAGCGGCCGGCGUAUUGUCAGACAGCUGUGAGCGCACAGGAGCGUUCAGAGGACCCACGUCUUCAUCAGUUUAUCUUCAUUAAAAGAGCCUGCUGUACAGAUACCUGGACACGAGCUAACUCAUACCACACAUACGCAUACGAUUUGAUGAAAAAGCCAACUGAUAAGAGAUGUGUGCAGCUGUGUAUGUCCUGUCAACGGUAACGGGCUACGUGCUCACCUCUGCCCUGCUGCUGAAAUGCCCAAAUCUUUUGUACCGGAGGAAGCGGGAGACCUUUCUCAGCAGGCACAUUUCCCAUCGUGGAGGAGCAGGUGAAAACUUGGAAAACACCAUGGCAGCUUUCAAGCACGCUGUGGAUCUUGGCACAGACAUGCUGGAGUUGGACUGCCACCUGACAAAAGAUGAAGAGGUUGUGGUGUCACAUGAUGCCUGCUUGCAAAGGGCCUCGGGCAUCAACGCCCGCAUCUGUGACAUGCCGUACGCUGAGCUCCCUCCAUACCUCUGCAAGCUCGGUGUAACUUUUCAGCGGGAGUGUUUCUGUGAGGGAGGAGAGGACAAACGCAUCCCUCUCCUCAGGGACGUUUUUGAUGCAUUUCCCAAUACCCCUGUCAACAUUGACAUCAAGGUCAACAACGACACACUCAUCAAGAAGGUCUCUGAGCUGGUUGUUGAGUACAACAGAGAGCAUCUGACGGUCUGGGGCAACGCCAGCAACCAGAUUGUAAAGAAGUGUUACAGAGAGAAUCCUCGUAUCCCCGUGUUGUUCAGCUUUCCCAGAGUAUUACAGCUAUUAGGCCUCUUCUACACCGGCCUUCUGCCCUUUGUUCCCCUCAAGGAGCAGUUUCUGGAGAUCCCCAUGCCUUCGAUUAUCACCAAACUACAGGACCCGGACAGAUUAACUAGGAGUCAGCGAGUCAUGACCUGGCUGGCAGACACUUUGCUGAUGAGGAAAGCUUUGUUUGAGCAUCUAACUGCCAGGGGAAUACAGGUGUACAUUUGGGUGCUGAACGACGAGGAGGACUUCCAAAGGGCAUUUGACUUGGGAGCCACGGGAGUUAUGACAGAUUUUCCCACCAGGCUUAAAGACUUCAUGGACAGGAAUGGCAUUUGUAAGCCCCGGUGACCUGCCAAAAUCUACCUCACCCCCCCUCAUACACAACACCAGUGAUUAUCCUUCAACUUGACUGACCUAUCAAACCAGUGCCCCCCUAAGUGUACCCACUUUUACAGCAUGCAUUCCAGCGGGCCGCCUCUCAACAACAACCAGUUGUUGUACUGGUACACAAACCUGUGUAUUUUCAAUCACUUAAAAUACUUUAACAAGACACAUACUGUAUCUGCUAUUAGCUCCUUUAAGUUGUGUUGUUUACAGGUCCUUUGUUCCAUCACUAAAUACCCCCCCCCCCCCCCCCCCACCACCCCCCC